AUGACAGAGCAAAUACCGGGGCCGCGGGCUCUUCCGAUCCUGGGCAACAUUCUCGACCUGCGGGAUCCUGAUGGGGUCAAUAUCCGGCCCCUUGAGCGCAUGAUCGACGUGUACGGACCGAUCGUCAAGUUCAAGGUGGCCGGACGCGAGACCGUCGUGGUCGGCGGCUACGACCUGUUCGAGGAGUUGUGCGACGAAACCAGGUUCUGGAAGGUGCGGCACGAGAUCCUCGUCAGCGGCGAGGAUCCGAAUGCGGUGUCCGGCCUGUUCGCCCAGGCCAACGAGAAGCUCGUCGACUGGCAGCAGGCGCACCGGAUCCUGAUGCCGGCGUUCGGCCCCUUGGCCAUCGAGAAGAUGUUUCCGGAAAUGGACGACAUCGCGACCCAGUUGCUGCUCAAAUGGGCGCGACAAGGUCCGGAUGCCAAGAUCCUGGCGUCGGAAGACUUCUCAAGGCUCACGCUCGACACCAUCGCUCUGUGCGCCAUGGACUACCGCUUCAACUCGUUCUACACAAACGAAAUGCAUCCUUUUGUUCAGGCGAUGAACCGCGGGCUAGGGGAGAAGAACUCCCGCAACCAGAUCGGCAGUCGCAUCAAGAGCUUGAUGCCCGGCCAUAAGGAGCAGAUCCAAAAGGACCAGAAGCUCAUCUUGCAGACGGGAGCGGAUAUCGUGGCCCAACGGAGGGCAAAUCCGGUUGACAAGAAGGAUCUCUUGAACGCAAUGUUACACGGAAAGGACCCAAAGACAGGUGAGACUAUGCGAGACGAGCUUAUCGUCGCGAACAUGAGGACGUUCUUGAUCGCUGGACACGAGACCACGUCGGGAAUGCUGACGUUUGCGUUCGCGGAGAUGCUAAAGAAUCCGUCGACCUACUUCAAGGCCCAGAAAGAAGUUGACGAAGUGAUUGGCAAGGAGAAGGUGAACGUCAAACACCUCGGCAAGCUCAAGUACCUCAACGCUUUGCUCAAGGAGACGCUGCGGUUGCACCCAACGGCUCCGGCAUACUUCCGCGCGGUGCGACCGGAGAACAAGGAAGAGAAACCGACGAUCGGAGGAGGGAAAUAUGCCAUGCCCGGGACCGCAGGCGUGCUUUGCCUCCUGACGAAGAUCCAGGUCGACCCGAAGAUCUGGGGUAAUGACGCGAACGAAUUCCGGCCAGAGCGCAUGCUCGACGAAAACUUUGAGAAGCUGCCGCAGGCAGCAUGGAAGCCCUUCGGCACCGGCCUGCGGGCAUGCAUCGGGAGGGCCUUCGCCUGGCAGGAGGCACUGCUCAUCUGCGCUUCCAUCCUGCAAAAUUUCAACAUGACCAUGGACGAUCCAACGUACGAGUUGAAGAUCGUGCAGACGCUUACGAUCAAGCCAAAGGACUUUUACAUGCGCGCGAAACUGCGGCCUGGUCUUACUGCUGCCGGUCUGCAGGAACGUCUUGCCGGCCGUGCAAACGUUGCCGAGGCGAAUGGUGCGGGCAAUCCUACGGCAGCAGAGGAGGAGAUUGUUGGUGAUGAGAACCUGAGGAUUCUUUACGGUUCCAAUACCGGGACAUGCGAGACCUUGGCCAGGAAGUUAGCGUCUCAGGCAGGCCAACACGGCUUCAAAGCCGGCGUCGUCGAGCUGGACAACGCGAUCGAGCAAUUACCGACGGACAUGCCUGUGGUCGUCAUUACUGCUUCAUACGAAGGUCAGCCAUGCGAUAACGCGGCUAGUUUCGCAGCUUGGUUGGAGGCUCAAAGGGAUCCAACUCUGCUCAAAGGUGUGCAGUAUGCGGUCUUCGGGGUCGGCCACAGCGACUGGCGCGACACCUUCCAGCGACAGCCUAAGCUCAUUAACGACAAGCUCGCUGCUCUGGGUGCUUCAAGGCUUGCCGAACGUGGGGAGACUGACGCUUUGAAGAACAGUCUUUUCACAGAUUUCGAAGACUGGGCCGAGAAGACCCUCUGGCCCGCUCUUCCUCAGGCCGAGAGCAAGCGCGUCUCGUCGAUCAAGCGCGUUAAAUCAAGCUUGAGAAUGGACGUCAAGAAGGAAGACCGGGCUGCGCACCUCAACCAAAGGAAUCUGCGAUGGGCCAAGGUGCUCGACGCUAAGCAGCUCACGGCAUUUGGCAGUCCCCAAAAGCGACAUAUUGAGAUCGGCCUCCCAGAGGAAAUGUCUUACCAGGUCGGUGACUACCUUGCCAUCCUACCGCUGAAUCCAGAAGCUAGCAUCAAGAGGGUUAUGCAUCGGUUCAAGAUCAACAUCGAGAGCAUCAUCACCAUCGCCGACGCUGGGCCUACAAACCUGCCAGCCAAUGUGCCCAUGCACGUGGAUGACCUGCUUAGAGGCUAUGUGGAGCUCUCACAGCCCGCUACUCUCCGCGACGUCCAUACGCUGUCCGAGGCGGCAACAGGCGUAGACAAGCAAAAGCUCACUGAUCUGACCGAUCAGACGAUGUACGAAGCUAGCAUUCUCCAGCAUCGCAUCAGCAUUCUUGACCUCCUCGAGCAGUACCCGAGCGUUGACCUGCCGUUUGACCAAUUCCUGACCAUGCUUCCGCCACUGCAGACGAGACACUACUCAAUCUCAUCGUCCUCGCUCGCACAGCCUGACUCGUGCACCUUGACGUACUCUGUCAUCGACGCUCCCACCAUGUCCGGACUCGGCGACCGCUUCCAGGGCGUGGCUGGUACCUAUUUGAAGACGCUCAGGAAGGGAGACGACGUCCUCGUUUCCGUGCGUGCUACAAACAAGCUCUUCCGUCUGCCUGCCGACCAGGCAAACACUCCCCUCAUGAUGUUCUGCGCCGGAAGUGGCUUGGCACCCUUUCGAGGUUUUAUCCAGGAGCGGGCGUACCUGAUCAAGGAAGGAAAACGCAAGCUUGCUCCCGCCUUGCUCUUCUUCGGAUGCCGGUCCAGGAAAGAGGACGCGCUGUACGAAGAAGAACUCGCCGAGUGGCAGAAGAUCGGCGCGGUGGAUGUGAGAUACGCCUUCAGCAAAAGCCCUGCCGACAGUGCCGGCUGCAAGUACGUGCAGGAACGAAUGCUCCACGACAAGGCGGAGGUUGUCGACCUCUUCGAAAGGGGCUCCAUGGUCUACGUGUGCGGUAGUAGAGCGGUUGCUACCGAACUGGGCGGUGCCGCGAGGGAGCUCGUCAAGUGGAAGGCUGAGAUGGAAGGGAAACAGUUGAGCUCAGAGAUGGUUGAAAGUUUCAUGAGUGUGAUGAAGAACUCGCGGUUUGUCAGUGAUGUUUUUACCUAG